CUAAUUAUGACAUAAAAAGAGUCGGGUGGAUGUGGAGCCGGAGCUGAUAGACUCUGUCAUAUCGACGAUUGGCAGCAAUUUCUCAAACCUCAAGUGUCUGUCAAUACGGUUGCGAAACUUUGACAUCGAUGUGUCGACUCCCGCGGACUUUCUGUUCGACCAGUUGGAAGAGCUGAGCCUCCAGUUCGUCACCGGCAACGUUGACCUUCCCUUUCAGCGCAUUAUAGGCCUCGGAUGGACGACAAUCAAGUGUCUCACCAUUCAAUACGCGUCGCUAACCAUCGAAUCGGUCGACGAGAUUGUCCGCCAAUUACCGCAACUCCAGAAACUCGUUUUGCACGCCAUUGAGUUCCGGUGCGAUCAUCUCAGCAAAAGGUAUGGUCACCGGCUGUGCGUUGAGUGCGGGCGUCACUGUUGGAAAUCCAUGUCUCGACUCCAGAAACUGAAACAUUUAAAACUUCAUCGCAUUAUAAUCGACGACGAGAUCUGUGCCGCCAUUCAAACCAUGUCUGAAUUGCGUUCACUUGACUUACAUUAUUGCUCUAACGUUAACGAGAAUAUAGUGGAUGUGUGCACCCAAUUAGCCAAACGCAUACCACGACAACAAUUCACACUCUGUAUAGUUUCGCGCGGUUUCCUCUCAUUCAACAACAGCUAUAAUAAAAAUCUUGUUCUCGACAUUAGGGUCGCCGCAUAACAAUGCAAUUGUAUUUCAUUAUGGUUAUUGUUUUUUGCCCCUAAUUAUCGGAGUGUAGGCCUCGCCCUUCUAUAAGAGUAUA